UGACAUUAGAAAAAUAUAGAAAUUAGAAUUUAGGUUAGGAUUUGCGGCAUAAUUUCUUUUUUCUUGUUUAAUACUUACGAAAUAUUAUGUAAUUGCCUUUUAUGGUAUUUUCAUUGGUGCCUGUAGGUGUUAACUGACACCUGUAAAACUAAGAAUUUAAUCUAUACUAUACUAUUUUAUAAAAUAAGAGAUCUAUGGAUGUCUAGUAAUGUCUCGAGUACAAGAUGUACUAAGUAUAUUACGCUCACUGCAAAUAAUUACUGAAGCAUGUAUUAAAUUGCAAGAAGAAAAUAUUAGACUAAUAUGGAGAAAUUCGAGUAUACGUCCAGUAGCAAAAGGUUGUGCCACACAAGUCAGAAAUAUACCUAAAACGACAAAUGUGUCCGAUUUAAUAGGCACUGCUAAAGAAGGGGCUGACCGUGUUUCAGCUGUCGUGCAUGGUUUAAAAGUUUACACAGACUAUAGUUUUAGGAAAGGACAGCUAGACUCAAAAUUUGAUAGUUACACUGACAAGGAACAUAAAGUACAAAAAUCAGUGGAUGCCAAACGUAGUGUAAACAUAGAGAGUUACAGUCCUCCUCAGUUUAAAAUUAAAUUGACUGAUAGUGAUAAAGAAUUAUUAAAGAAGCUUGAUAUGGAACACAGAGCAAAAUUAACUAAGCAAGAAGAUAGGGAGAAAGCUUAUAAAAAGGAACUGGAGAAAGAAAAUAUUGGAUGUUCAAAAGUGACAUCUGUAGCUAAUCCAAAGUCGAAGCAGAAGCUCUGUGAAAAUGCCAAGCAAAGAAAAGUUCCGUCCUCUCGAAUAGGCAGAAUGGUGUCAUUCGGUACUCUUGCUGCGGGCCUUGGCCUAGGAACUGCUACUGAGUACGCAAAGAGAACUUUAGGCAUCGGCGAGCAGCCUGUAGAUGCAAAUUUAUUUAUGAACAAGGCGAACAUGGAUAGAAUUGUGGAUACUCUCUGUAAGGUCCGCGGCGCAGCUUUAAAACUAGGCCAAUUAAUGAGUAUUCAAGAUGAGUCAUUAGUCAAUCCAGAACUCGCUAGAGCUUUGGAGAGAGUAAGGAAAUCAGCAGAUUUUAUGCCCAAUUGGCAAGUGGAAGAGGUGAUGUUGGGGGAGUUGGGUACGUCGUGGCGGAAUAACUUUGCAGAAUUCGAGGACAGACCGUUUGCUGCUGCUUCAAUCGGCCAAGUGCAUCGGGCAAUAUUGACAGAUGACAGGGAAGUCGCUAUCAAAAUUCAGUAUCCUGGCGUUGCUAAAGGCAUUGAGAGCGAUAUCAAUAAUUUAGGUGGAAUAAUGAAGAUGUGGAACAUUUUUCCGAAAGGCAUGUUUUUAGAGAAUUUGAUGGCUGUGGCCAAGCGGGAGCUGGCUUGGGAAGUGGAUUACAUCAGAGAAGCCCAAUGUACGAAAAAGUUUAAAGAAGUACUGGCAGGUUAUAAGGAUUACUAUGUUCCCGAAGUCAUUGAUGAAUUAUCGACUAAACAGGUAUUUACCACGGAAAUGUUAGAUGGUAUUCCGGUUGACCAGUGUUUCGAUUUGGAAUCGGAACAUCGGGAAUUCAUCGGAGAAAAAAUACUGGAACUCUGCUUAAUAGAAAUAUUAAAAUUGAGAUAUAUGCAGACUGAUCCGAAUUGGGCAAAUUUCUUGUACAAUCCAAACAAGAAACAGAUCCUUUUGCUGGAUUUUGGUGCCAGCCGCGAAUAUUCUAAAGAAUUUAUGGACAAGUAUGUGCAAAUCUUAAAAGGGGCCUGUGAUUCGGAUCGCAAAACUGUGCUCGCGGUGUCGAGGGAACUUGGUUUUCUUACCGGAUAUGAAAGCAAGAUAAUGGAAGAUGCACACGUGGACGCUGUGAUGAUACUAGGCGAGGUGUUCCGCCAAGGCGAUAAGUACGACUUCGCUAAUCAAGAUAUGACCGUUAGAAUACAAAAUCUAGCACAAACUAUGCUUGCUCAUCGACUAUGCCCUCCACCCGAAGAGGUUUAUUCAUUGCACAGGAAAUUGUCUGGAGUAUUCUUACUCUGCACGAAGUUAAAGGUGGCCAUACCCUGCAGGGACAAAUUUGUGAAGUUGUAUGAUGAAUACAAUCGACAAAAUAGUUGAUAAAUACCAUAUAUUUAUAAUGUCAUAUUUGUUGUUAUUUUAUUAACUUAUGAA